ACCCUCAAACCGCCGCUUCAUUCAUUUCAUCGCUCUCUCUCUCUCUCUUCCCCCUCUCCUCCUUUGCCCGACCCGAGAAGAGACAAAGGCCCCGAAUCGGAGUCCGAGGAGAUGGGCAAGGACCUGACCGACGACCAAAUCUCCUCCAUGAAGGAGGCCUUCACCCUCUUCGACACCGACGGGGACGGCCGGAUCGCCCCGUCGGAGCUCGGGAUCCUCAUGCGCUCCCUCGGCGGCAACCCCACCCAGGCCCAGCUCAAGUCCAUCAUCGCCGACGAGAGCCUCACCUCCCCCUUCGACUUCCCUCGCUUCCUCGACCUCAUGUCCAAGCACCUCAAGGCCGAGCCCUUCGAUCGCCAGCUCCGCGACGCCUUCAAGGUCCUCGACAAGGAGUCCACCGGCUACGUCUCCGUCGCCGAUCUGCGCCACAUCCUCACCAGCAUCGGCGAGAAGCUCGAGCCCUCGGAGUUCGACGAGUGGAUCCGGGAGGUCGAGGUCGGGUCGGACGGGAAGAUCCGGUACGAGGAUUUCAUUGCCAGGAUGGUCGCCAAGUGAGAGCGAGCGUCCCCAAGAGAGGGUAAUUUCGAAUUUGUGACGUUCGGGUGUAUUUUCGUGAACUUGUAUUGUUUUCCCCCUUUUUCUAUGCCAGGCGGUGGUUGUUCUUUUUGGUAUUUGAAGAUUGUGUUCAAGUUUCCGUGCAAGGUUCAAUGUCGUAAGAGUCGUUUGUCCUCUUUGUCGUUUCUUUCUCUUCUUAAUUUGGCUACUGUGUUGUUAAUUUGUUCGAUUAAUGCAUAGUGGUUUAUCUUUGCGGGCA